UGCAACUCACUGAGCGCGGGAUAGCGGUCUACACAGCGGAAAGAAUUGAGUUCAAUAUGAUUAGUUGUUGAAAAUAAAUAACAUUUGAUUACAUUUAGUGAACACUGUAUCAGCAUUUCGUUUCUACUUUUGAUUAACUCACAUUUUAGCAGCCUUUUUUAUCUUAGGUUUGUCAUCUCUGAAUAAAAUGACUAGCUCGGGGGUUCAACUUUUCGGUUAUGCUCUUGCUUUGAUCGGCGUGCUUGGGUCAGUGGUAGCCACUACUAUGGUCGAGUGGAAAAGGCACUCUUACACGGAGAACACUAUAACAUCCAAGGAAAUCUACCUGGGUCUAUGGAGUUCAUGCACCGUUGACGUCACCAGAAACACGAUGUGUGCCACUUACAAGUCAAUCUUUCACCAGCCAGCUGAGAUUCUGGCGACCCGAGUGGUGAUGAUCCUCAGCAUUAUGUUGUCAGCGAUUGGGUUGCUCCUCGCCACACUGGGUGUUAAAUGCACCCAUUGUCUGGAGCCAGACGAGAAGGCUAAGAGCAGAGUAGCCGUCGUCGGGGGAGUGUUCUUCAUCAUUGCAGCUGUCCUGGCCUUGUCUGUGACUUCCUGGUUUGCCAACACUGUUGUCAAGUCUUUUGAAUUCUCUGAAUCAUAUAUCCCCUCAUAUGACAGAUUUGAGUUUGGCAAUGCGGUGCUGGUGAGCUGGGGUGCAGCCUUCUGCUCUCUGGUGGGUGGAUGUCUCCUGGCCUGCCAGCUCCCAGGGAUUUGCAGGGAGGGGCCCGUGACAGUCUCUCACCCCAGAGUGGACGGCUUCGCCAGGCACCAUAGCGACUACGUUUAAAGCCAGCAACCUACCGUCAAUACUUCUAAUUAUUGACAUAAACAUGACACAUACCCAUGAUUCUCCUUUUCUGGUGUUUUUAUGCUUUAUUCUGCACAAAAGUGAGGACACUUGCACUGUUCUAUGGAUUUGACAUUAGUUACAAUUCAUCAGACUAGAAAGCCUGAGUACGUGUUUGAUGCCAGAAUGACAGAUUAGUGAAGAAAAUAAUCGAUAUCUGUCGAUAAGUUACUGUCAAAAGUUACUCAAACCAGUGAAAACGAGAAACCCAAGGACGCCGAGAUACAGUUUUAUACUUAAUUUAAUCCAUGUCUAACAGAGUUAUGACCAUAUCCUAAAUUCACUCCCCGGCUGGCUUCAAGUGUUGUGGAUGUAGAAAUCCAGGAGAUACCUUUCUAAGCACUAAAUAAGUCAGCUAUCUAUCGAUAACUAUCUAGCUUGUUUACCUGCAUGUAAUCCGUUCUUGUGGUUGUUCUCAGUGGCGAACUACAAACAAACUUUCGAACAAAAUUUCGAACAAAUUGCUGACUGCGAGUUUUUCACAGUGGCAGUGGCACAAAGUGGGCGUAAGUCGUAAUUUAAGUGACUAUAAAUAUCACUUUUCCUGGACUGAGCCUCGUUGGGUUCUGUUGGGGCCAAAAUGAUGAUUUUUUCCUCCCAGAAUGACUCAACUGUCACAAUAUUAUAUGUAACCUGUGACCGGAAAAUGCACCUUCCAGUCAAUAUUCACUUUAUGAAUUAACCAAGGUUUUCAUACACACGUGGAUGGUUUGACCUGUGGAGGAGAUUGAACUUCCAAAGCAAAUUCAUUUUCAAUUGUAAAUGUGGAAUAUGCUCUUGAGGACUUACUGCACUGGAAGGUUCCUUUUAUUUAGUACUUGAUGUAUGUUGUCUACCUGUCAUAGAUCUGCUGUAUUGUUUCCCAAUUGAUAUGCAUGAAGAUACUACUAAAACAACAAAUAUUUUGUGCAGCCUUCAGAUUAUGUCCUUUUUACUAGAGUUAUUUCAUUAGUUCUUUUUGAUUGUUUUGAGUGCUUUUCAGUGUUUCAUUUCAAUGUUCUAGAAAGAAAAAGAUUUCUACACCAAAUAUUUCUGUUCAGUCAUCUCGUCAGAGAAAGCAUGUUUAACAGCUCCUGCUAUUUAAGGAAGUAGUUUGAUUUAAUGGACCGGUGCUCUGGAUUGUUUUCACAAACUACAACAGUGGAUUGCUGCUCAGUGGAAAUGUUUUUCCUCCUCAUUGUUUUGAUCUAGAUAAAUGUCAUGGAAUUUUUUAUUUUGAGAUUUGGACCCUGCUUCAAACCUGUUUAAGAAUAUUAUUUCUUUAAGUAACUGUCCAGUGUUUCCAGAUUUCUAUAUAUUAUUACCUAUUCUUACCCAUUAAUACUGCUGUUAUUUGUAGGAAUAUGUGGCCAUAUACCGGUCAUAAAUAUUGCUUGCCCAGUUUGUGUGUCUUGUCUUCUUAACCUAAAACGAGGAUACACAGCAUUUCUUAAGCGGUUUGAGACAAGUUGGAAGUGAUGUUUUUUAAAUGUUUUUACACUCAAUUUUAAACUUCUUACACGUACAUUGAGGAGAAAU